AUGACCUUUCCCAACUCACGCUGGCUCAGAUAGUCGAAACGCAGCAGAGGAGGAAGAAGCAGGACAGGGUUCAUCAUGUCUGACAAACCAGAUUUUGCAGAAAUUGAAACAUUCGAUAAGACCAAACUGAAAAAAACUGAAACUAGAGAAAAAAAUCCAUUACCUACCAAGGAAACUAUUGAACAAGAAAAACAAAGCAAAAAUACACCUUGA